AUGGCAAUAUCAUCAACAUCGUCAUCGCCAUCAGUCAAACCGACUGGUAUAGCGACUCUCGCUUGCACCGUCUGCAGAAAGCAGCACCUCAAAUGCGAUGCGGGGAAACCAUCCUGUUCACGAUGCACAGAGACAAAUCAGGUCUGCUUCUACGAGCCGUCGCGACGCGGCGGACGCAGAAAGAAGCAUCGCUCUUCGAUACUUGAGACGCAGCCGAAAAGACUCAUGAUGAGAUCUGCGCAGAGCGAACAGCCGUCUACUACUGGUUUUGUAGAGUCUGUAAUUGUGAAUCCCAUUAGUCUACCCAUCACGCCAACUUCUUCGUCGCAAGAGACGUUGCCCUCGUCUGGAUUGACCCAAGAUGCUAUUUCUAACAAUGGAUUACCACAACUCACCCGGCGACAAACGCACCAAAGCUCAGUGUCAGAGAGUUCGCACAGCGAUAGACGCGCGAGCGAUCAUCAAACUCAAGGACCAGCUCAAGUGCAGCAACCUUCCAAUGAUCCCGCUAUGGCUUUCUACCAUCACCUUGACCCUGGUCUGAUAUCGCAAGCAAUUGAGAGCACCAAUUUAGGCAUGAAUACGCAAGCACCUAUCCAGCCCUCAUCCGACAACGACAGACUUCUUCGGCUCUACUACGAAAACUUCCACAAUGCGCACCCAUUUCUCGUUCCCAGCUCUGUCUUCACCUCUCGCAACUACCCACCGUAUCUUCGACGCAUGGUAGAUUUUGCUGGAUCUCACUACGCACCCUCAGGACCCAACGCGCAACUCCGCGCUGCUGUGACGACAGAUAUGCUAUCCAUGACAGACAAUUCGACAUGCAUGGUCCAGUCUCUUCUCAUCUACUCCAUUCUACUCUUUUUCGGCGGAGACCUCGAUGCAGCAGGUAAAACAUUCGAGCAGUGCACGAGAAUGGCUAUGGAUCUCGGCAUGCACCUCAACGAUUUUGCCGCAGCGAGACAACUAGACAAUCCCAUUGAAGCAGAGAGCUUGAGGAGAACAUGGUGGGAGAUUUACGUUACAGAUAUUCUCAUGGCCAUACCACCAAAGACGAUGAAUCUUGGAUGCAGCAGCGUUCCUCCAAAGGUUUGCUUACCUUGCGAAGAAGCAUUUUACACAGGUCGCCUCGACAUCCCCCAACCUCACCAUGUUCUCGAGUUCAAACGACGGGUACUCUCGACCGGCGAUGUGACAUUUUCGUCGUUUAGCUAUCGCAUCGAAGCAGCCACGAUUCUUGGUCGAGUUUUGUUGUUGAAUCAGCUAAAGAACAGCAGCUAUGACCAUUCACAAUCAAUCGAGAACGCUCUUCUAAGCUGGUCGAACCAUUUACCGCCGGGCAAACUCGAGAUUGUUGACUCGUAUGGAAACAUCGACGAGAUGAUGUUUCAGGCACACAUGAUCAUCGCACUCGCCAGCAUGCUGUUACAUCUCCCCCGAAGCAAUCUACACUUUCUCUUAGCAGAUAGCAAAGACCCAUUUCUACCAAUCGCACAAAACCAUCCUCUCUCAUCAUCUACGACAUUAAUCCAGGGAAUAAAAGCAACAGAUGCAUCAAGACGUAUCUCAGAUUGCAUAUCGCUCUGCCCCAACGUCCCCAAGCACACACCCUUUGUCAUACCAGCUCUAGCACUCUGCGGUUUCAUCCAGCUCGCCACCUCGCAAGGCCACCCAGACGAAUGUUUCGAACACCACUACAACCGCGUAACUCUAGUACUGGGUUGUUUAAAAAGCGCGAGACGGAUAUGGCCCAUGGCAGAAUCCGAGUACGAUCGUCUUCGCUGCUGUGCAUCGGAUCUCAUCGCCGACGCUAUGGAUAGGAUGAAUGCACUACCUUUGUGUCAGACGCUUCCAAAUAACUCGCCGGCGAUGCCUGGUGCAGCUGAUCAGGGAGGAGAUUUAACUCUUGUGUCGCCGACGCGUGGGAAUGUUGACUCAGGGAUGCCUCGGUUUGAUCCGCUGUUUUUGGACCCUGUUUGUUAUGAUUACUCGUUGUUUAGCGCUUUGCCGGACUUUCAUAGCUCUUAG